CAAAGGUCUCUUGGGAUAGAUACAACUAGCUAUACAUUAACAAGUUAAGAUGGCAAAGCUACCAACUCAACUCUUGGCUUGCAUUUUCUCCAUUGUUCUCGUCUUGCAAUAUUCAUGCCCUGCUAAAUCUCAGGAAGUCGAGGAUGAAAGUGAGUUUGAUUAUAAUAAAAAUAGUGCAAGAGGGCCUGCAAGAUGGGGAGAGAUUCAUCCAGAAUGGAGAGCAUGUAGCAAUGGAUCAAUGCAGUCUCCUAUUGAUAUGUCGAACGAAAGAGUUAAUAUUGUUUCCCAUCUCGGGAGGCUUAAGAGAAGCUACAAGCCAUGCAAUGCCACUCUAAGAAAUAGAGGCCAUGAUAUGAUGUUGAGAUGGGACGGUGAUGCAGGAGCCAUAGAGAUCAAUGGCAUUGAGUAUGCACUCAAACAGUGCCAUUGGCACUCACCUUCCGAGCACACCAUCAAUGGCAGAAGGUAUGAUAUGGAGGCGCACUUGGUUCAUGAAAGUACGGAUGGCAAGGUUGCUGUGAUAGGGAUCAUGUACAAGAUUGGCAGACCAGAUUCUUUCCUCUCAUCGUUGCAGGAUCAUUUGGUAAGCAUUACUGAUAUCACAGAAGGAGAGAGCGUGGCGGGUGUGAUCGAUCCAAGGCACAUAAAAAUUGGCAGUAGGAAGUAUUACAGAUACAUUGGCUCCCUUACUGUUCCUCCUUGUGAUGAAAAUGUGGUGUGGAGCAUUGUCAGCAAGGUGAGGAACUGUGACCAGGGAGCAAGUGAGAUUGCUUCGUGUGGCCGUUCAUGAUGCUUCAGAUACUAAUGCAAGGCCACUGCAAUCAAUAAACAAGCGCUCAGUUCAACUCUUUAGGCCAGAUGAUAAUAAAGAGAAUUGAAGUCUACAAAUAAUACCAUAGAUGAAAUAAAUAUAUUUAUGAUUGUCACCAUCCUUCCUCCUGCAAUCAGUGCUCCAUGCCACUUCUAUUUUUGUAGGAAUUAUGCAGAUAGUUAGGGAUAAUUCAAGUUUAAUUAGGUAAUAAAUAGAUAAAUAGUCAUUCAUACACACUUUCAUUAAUUUUUGAUAGACAUAUAUUUGUUUUUUCAAAUUUUGUAUUUCUUCUUAAUUUAUUUAUUUUUGUUUGUAUCGUUGUACUGAAUGUAUCGAGAAUUUUUAUUAUAAUACAUAGAACAUUUUAUUUAUUACGAUUUUAAA